GAGCCGUAAUUCAUCAAACUCCUUUCCGCUAAAACCCCACAAUUUGUCUGUUGGACAUAGAGAGAAGGCAAAACCCCAACAAUGGCGGGCAAACAGAUGGAAGCGGUGAAGAAUUUGGACCUGAAGAGAUACAUGGGGCGAUGGUACGAGAUAGCGUGUUUCCCUUCUAGGUUUCAGCCCAGGGACGGCGUCAAUACCAGAGCCACCUACUCUCUCAGGGACGACGGCACUGUGAAUGUGCUCAAUGAGACUUGGAGCGCCGGCAAAAGAAGCUACAUUGAGGGAAUCGCUUACAAGGCUGAUCCUAAUAGCGAUGAGGCUAAGCUCAAGGUCAAAUUCUACGUCCCUCCGUUUUUGCCCCUCUUUCCUGUCGUCGGAGAUUACUGGGUUUUGUACAUUGAUGAUGAUUAUCAGCACGCUGUCGUCGGUCAGCCCAGUAGGAAUUACCUUUGGGUAUUAUGCAGGAAGACCCAUUUGGAUGAUGAGAUAUACAAUGAGCUUGUUGAGAAGGCAAAGAAUUGGGAAUAUGAUGUUAGCAAACUCCACAAGACGCCACAGAGUGAUCCUCCACCAGAGGAAGAGGGACCCCAAGACACCAAAGGCAUUUGGUGGUUUAAAUCCUUACUGGGAAGAUAGGUUCAAUGAGCUUGAAAAUGUGUUUCAAUUUCAUGUAAUAAGAAAGGAAUUAAGAACCCGGACGUAGUAAGUUUGGAUCUUCUUGGUGUCUCUAUUGGAUUGUUCUGUAUAUUUAUAUGUGGUGUAAGUUCCAAGUAUUAUAUGCAUAUUCGGUUAAGAAAAACAAAAAUAGUGCAUUGUGUUGAUCUA